CUACAGUAUUUUGCUAAAGAAGACGAGCGCGUCGUCACAUACCAACAGCUCUAACAUAAGUGAAGUUUCUCCCUCUUUGAAAAUUAGUAUUUUGACACUUUCGGUUAAAUUAUUUUGAUCAUCCACUGUAACAUUGCCGCUCUAGUGGUGACCAGAGUGCAGAGAACUAAGAAACUACCCGGAUGAUAACGACAAGAAGGCCUUCAGUAGAUGUCAACUUCCACGUGCAAAAACAGUCUACCAGCUUUUAUACCUAGCUAAAACUAAGAUUAAAUAAGCCAUGUUUGGUUCUUCGAGAUCUGGCGGUGUCAGAGGUGGCCAAGACCAAUUCAACUGGGAUGAUGUUAAAACCGAUAAACACAGAGAGAACUACUUGGGGAAUUCUCUUAUGGCACCUGUUGGUCGAUGGCAGAAAGGAAAAGACCUGACCUGGUAUGCUAAAGAUAAAAAGAGUGGUGCCCCUCUAACCAAAGAACAGGAACUUGCUGCUGUAAGGGAGGCUGAGAGGGAGGCAAUGAUGGCAGCAUUGGGGCACAAGGUUGUGAAGAAACAACCAACUGGUCUUACUAAAGAGGACUUGGCAGAUGUGUGCAAAAGAGAGGGAGGAGAUGGAGAUGAGAAGGAUGUGGAUCGAGUGUCUGGACUUGGAAGCUCCAGUGUCGGGUCAAGAAAUAUGGUCUUCUCCCAACAAGAGAAAGAGGCAGCAAAACUAGGACUCUCUGUCUUCACGCAUCAAAAAUCUGAUGGACCGCAAGUAGCCUCUUCAAAAACGACUACAGACAGAACUCAGGAUCGAGACGAUUCAGAACAAAGGCAUGAGAGUCAAAAAAAGAGCAAAAAGGAGAAGAAGAAGAAAAAGGAAAAGAAGAAGAAAAAAGAGAAGAAGAAGCGCCACAGACGAGACUCAUCCUCCUCUUUCUCAGACUCAGACGAUGACUAUAAGAGGCGGAGAAAGGACCACCAUAGUCAUAAUCCAUCAUGGAGCAGUCAGAGUGGAGCCAGGCCCCAUGACAGCCAUUUAGGAAGGGGGGCAAAGGGCGAGCAGCCCCCCCGCUCCCCUCCCAGCCGGCGACGCCAGCGGCGGCAUGACUCCGAGUCCUCGUCUGACGGGGGGUCUUGCCACCCUCACCGCAGUGCCAAGCGCAGGUCCCCCCCAGCAUCCCAAGCACAAAGCCUUCGGCGGCGCCAUGACACGGACUCAGACGACUAAUGCCCCUGUCAACCUUACACACACACACACACACACACACACACCCACCCACCCUCCGUACUCCACUUGCCAAUGUAGAAAUGCAGAGAGACGGACUGCAACAAGAUGCUCUAACUCUCUUGCUCUCUUUCUCAGAGACGUACACCAAGUUGGGCACGUUGACUUUAGCAAGUGGAUUGGAGUCAACAAAAGUACACGGUCCAUCAAAAAGGUUUUCUUGUGCAUCAUUCCAAGAUCUACUACCUGUCAUGUCAACAUAUAGACAGUGUAGAAACCGCUUUGGUCAGGUGUGUAGUUAUCAGAUGUCACAGUGACCGAGCCCUGCCUCAUUUUGGCUGCUGAUGAGGUGAGAGGUCUUCACUGUGACAGUAAAGUUGUGCAAAAAAGGAUGAACGCCAGUAAAUGCAAGCCUCUGGGAAUUUUUUAAUUGUAAUGUUUUUAUGUAGGACUACCACAGGUUGAAUAAGAGGUACACAUACAUUGGUUUACGCUCUUUUUGAUGACCUCACAAAACAAUUGUUAUGCACCAAAAUUGUGGAUGUGUAUUAAAAUGAGAAGAUUGGAAAAGUAUGCGGCACCAGUUUAAGUUUGCUAUUCCAGUCUGCACUAGUCUGUGUGUGGACAGUUGAAUUGCUAUGGUUAACUUAGCACCCGUCCCAAAUGACAAGAACUGGCAUGAAGAGUAUACAUUAGUAUACUCUUCAUGUUCUUCAUAGUUACUUAUGUUCAUUAGUAACUAUUUUAUACUAACGCAGUUGUAGCAGUAGCCUUUCACACUGGAUUCUGUGAUGAUGACUAGGUCACCAUCUCCAUUGGCUCACAAAGCUCUACAGGCUCUGGACAGACUGCACAGUGGGGCACAAUGCAAAACAUGACCUAUGAACUCAAGUUCAAACCAGACAGUAUCAUAAAAUUCUAAAAAGUCUAAUGUGUCACCUGACUUUCAUGGAUUCUAAUGCAGGUUGAAGUGGGAAAAUCAUCUGUAAAGUAUUGCAAAGAGAUGCUAUCAUGGCAUCUGGGUGUAAAUGUGUUAAUUGGGCUACUCUACCUUGUACUGGCCCUCCCCUUAUUUAAUCAAUCUAGUGAGAGUUGUCCCUUUGUCCAGGCCAGAGUGCCGCUCCCUGGCUGGUGAGGCGGCACUGGAAUGCACUCCAAUGGUCAUAAUAGAGUGUAGUGUUUGCAUUUGCAUUGAGUCACUGUGAAAAGGGGCAUUCUGCUGGCUGGCACCUGGGGUUGCACUAAAAAAGAGCAAAGCACAGACAAAAGAGAGGGUGCAAAAAACCAGGCCGGUCCCUUUAUACAGCCUCAGCAGCACAGGAGCGCCACACACAAACCCAAGCUGAUGGAGCAGCGGGAGUGGGCGAGACAAAGGCACCCUGUAAGAGAGAGAGAAAGAGAAGGAGCGCACCCCUCCUUUUCCCACCAUCAUACUCUCCUGCCAUGCGUUACGGGCUUGGCUGCAUUAUCCAUGGCACCCUAAUCAGGCCAAAGGAACGUUGUCCUAGAUUGGUUUCCCUCCCUCUUGUCCUCCCAGCACACCCCUGGCGACUGUGGGCCGGCCCCGCUGACCACACAGGGCCCAGCCAUUUCCAUUUGUCACUUAUUAAAAAAGCCUCUGUGAGCAGGGAGGUGUCUGUCGCCGGAGGUUGUUUAGGAGCCGGCCGGUGGGCGACAAGGGUGUGUGUGUGUGUGUGUGUGUGAGUGAGGAUGGGAGCCAGCGGGAGGCGGAGGGCUCCAUGACACGACGCAGCGCAGCGGAGCUUACAUGAGGAGUCAUUCAGAAGAAAAGCCCCCAUGAGAACAAGGGGGAAGGCAGCCACAAUGGAGGUUGAGCCCAGCGAUGGCAGGGCACAGCCAGUGGGAGAAAACAUUAGCCUCAAAAAUAAUUUCUCUACAAAGCCCGAGUCCAGAUAAUUAGGUUCAGAGGAUGGCAGUCGUUUUCAGAUCCCCAGUGUGACGUCCCAACUAUUUCCCAUAGAAUUGAUGGGGUUAUGUGACCAUAUGAAAUGGGAGCAGAUGCUGUAUUUGGCUUAAUUCUAUUCCUAUGUAGCAACAAUCAGAAAUCAUACUUUAUAAUCUAUAAGAUCUUUAUUUUAUUAGAAAUAUGUGGGUCUGGAUUUUAGAUAUCUAUUUGAUUUAAGUAUGUGAUAAGCAAAUAGGCUAAUACAUCAGGCCUUUGUAAAAGACAGUACCACUGCAAGCUGUUCCACAUUGCCUUUAUUGCAAGUGAGAUCAUUGUAGAGCUAAUUGGGCAACCACACACACACACACACAUUGAAUGUUGCUGGCCUGAGGAUUUUCAUCACCCCUUUCCCUCAAAUGAGGUCAAAAAGGUCCAUUAAAUAUUUCCAGUAAACUUAAGCUUUUUCAAAUGAUCUUUGGAUUGUUUUCAACCAAGAUGGGGGGGGGCAUGCUGAAAUGGGUCUGUAAUACCACUGAAAUUGUCCUCUGACUAAUGACACCUUGUGCACUUCAAGUGAACUGACUGUUCUUUUGCCACCAUUAGCAUUGCCAUACAGUCAAAUAUACUACAGCAAUAUUUAGAGAUCAUGUCAGGUUAAUCUUAGUCAAAGGUAGCUGUUUAUAUAUUUUUAAAUAUCGUAGGCUACCACAUAAUCAGACACAGCUAAAAAUCACACUUGCUCCAUACCAUUUGUGUUAAAC